UAUUUAUCUUUUAGUGACCUAACACACGCCCAUCUACUAGCUAGAGAGUCGAGUUCAAAUCUAAUGGCUAUAACAUGGUAUAAGGGUAUGAGUUGCUGGAACUGAUUGUUCACCUGCCCCCUCCAAGUUACCAUCAGAUACAGCUACUUGCUCCUGAAUAUUGUUCUGCACUCAUUCUUUCCACCAGAAAUGCAGUCUGACAGCAAGUCGGGGAACUCCCUUGAGCCAGACAAUAGCAAAUCCAAGUAUGGGUCGUCAUGGUCGAAUGAGAUCCCUUCUCCCAUGCAUAAAUCAGGAUCUACACCGAUAACGAGCCUAAUUCGUGAGCGUAUUUGGGCAGUGUUUGUGUCUGCUGCGAUAUCUUCUCUCCCUGCUCUUCUAGUGGGGUGUACCCUCGCAUUCCCCUCAGGGGCUCUGCUGGACCUCACCGACUUGGAACCGAGGAAGGACUUCAAGUUUAACAGUGUUCUCUCAGAUAUAUUUGGGGCUUUGGCUCCCAUUGGAGCUCUCCUUGGUGCUCCAUUGGCUGGUUGGAUUGCAGACCAUGCAGGGAGAAAGGCAGCUCUGAUGCUAGUGGGACUUCCCUACCUUAUUGGCUACCUCAUGAUGGUGUGUGCUACCAUCAUCCCCCACCCUGUGGCCUUCAAGACUGUGACUCUUGUAGGACGACUGAUUACUGGAGUGGGUCUGGGAUGGUCUUGUCUGGCUACACCAGUAUACCUGGCAGAAAUUUCUUCAAACAAAUUAAGAGGUGUCUUUAGCUCGUUCACGCAAGUAUUCCUAUCGACGGGAAUAUUGUUGAUAUACUUGUUGGGCUCUAUUGAAGAUUUCCACUACUAUAAUUCAUCUCUUAUCCUGAUCGGGAUCGUAGCUCUGUUUGAAUUGUUAAUGUUGUUUCUGUACGACACUCCAAGAUGGCUUCUAGCUCAGAAUCAAAGAGCAGAAGCCAUUAAAGCCCUAAAAUUUCUGCGAGGUCCUAAAUACGAGAUUGGCAACGAAUUAACCACGAUUGAAAUGGAAAGUGCCAAAUACCCUCGGUUGACAACUACCCAAGCUCUCUUGGAACUGAGAAAGAAGCCAAUACUACUGCCCCUUCUGAUAAUCUGUACAGUGAUGUUUUUCCAGCAGAUUGGGGGCCUUAAUGCCAGCACUGCUUACUCUGCUUUGAUUUUCAAAGAAGCACACGUGGAGAAUUAUCGACUUACUUCAGCGUAUGCAGUUGGUGUUGUAGGGAUCGUGUUCACCAUCAUAGCUGUCUUUAUAGUGGAUCUCAUCGGCAGAAAAACGCUAUUAAUCGUUAGUGGAAUAGGCAUGCUUAUUGGAACUGUCCUUUUAGGAACAUUUUUCUAUGUCACAAGAUCUUCGCUAUGCUCUAACACUACAUUACUAUCUGACAAUGCUGAAGAAGAAUGUAAUACGUACUUAGCUCCGAUGGCUAUAGCGAGUUUGAUUUUCUUCAUUGCUUCGUUCUCGAUUGGUUGGGGACCUGUGCCGUGGGUAUUGCUAGCUGAGUUGAUUCCGCUGAGAGUUCGUGGAGUUGGAAGUGGAAUAGCUACUUUUGUAAAUUGGGGAGCCGCAGCCAUUGUGACAGGAUUUUAUCUGGACUAUGCCAAAAUUGUUAAUCCGUGGUUUGCGUGGUGGACUUUCUCGAUUUUUAAUGUGGCUGCAAUUGUGUUUGUGGUCGUGUUUGUUUAUGAAACAAAAGGAAAGAACCUUGAAGAUAUCCAGCAUAAGUUUGCUUCAAAGAAAAUCGUUGCUGUUCGUUGAACAGUUAUUUUUCAGCACUUUUUGUAUCAAGUCUGCAUUAUUUUGCCUAUGAAUAAUUAUAAUUAUGAAUAUGCAAGCAUACCGGUAAUAAUAGCCUCGACUCCAGCCCCUUCAACAACACU